CUCAUAUAUUUUUUUUUAUUUUUUUUUCCAGACAUUCACUGGCAAAAUGUCACACUAAGCAGCAACCCAGAAACUUCGGGGUAGCUGCUUGGCUGCUCUGGGCUUUGUUUUUCUCGCGCGCUAAUUGUUAAUGAAUUUCCAGCCAUUUAAGCCAAUGCAAACCUGUGAGAAAAUGAUCUUCUCAGCCCUGAUUUUAGAACUUUAUGGCGCUUCACAAAAUCCGGGCAGUUGCCGAGCAAAACGUGCAUCAUCCCGCAGCGUAGGGCGGUGGCAGUGCCAGAGCCAUCCCUGCGUGGGAUGUGGCAGAGCCAGGCCAGGAGCUGGGGGGGUCUGCGUGCCCAGCAUCGCUCCCGGGGUUUCAGCAGUGUGGUCCGCACUCUCAAAUGGGGAUGGAUUAAAUGGGGUCCAUGCCAUGGUAGCCUCAUCCCUGGCCAGCUCCUCGCAGAUCACCCUUCUCCCCGCUCGGUCCCAUGGCAGGUUUUUCUUGGUUCCCUUCAAAAUCACAGCCCCCAUCAUGUCCACUUUAUGGUGGCCAAACAAGAGCAUGUGAGUAAUUUAUGGGCGUCGUGUUUAAAGAAGGGAUGGGGAAAAAAACUCCUUUUCUGGCACAUAAACUUAUAUCUUUGGUUAAAGAUUAACCAUGGCCAUAAAACACCCAAUGUAGGAGCAAGCGGAGCUCACCCUGCGAGUGCUGCCGGGCUGCUGCUCUGUGCCCAGCCACCCCACCGGUCACCGUCCUCUCCUGUCCCCCUAGGAUGGCCACACCACCCCCUGCCCACCCCCGCCGCCUCCUGCCCCUCUUCCUGGGACUCUUCCAAGGUGCCCUGCUCCUUUUCUUCGCCUUCUUCGUCAACUACAAUGAGCCCUCAGCGCAGGCAGCGGACACCAACUUCAUGGCCAACCAACUCUACGGCAUCUUCCCCCUCUUCCAGGACAUCCAGGUGAUGCUGGUGGUGGGGCUGGGUCUCCUGCUGACGUUCCUGCCCCGCUAUGGGCUCAGUGUCCUCACCCACAACUUCCUCCUGCUCAACUUCUCCAUGCAAUGGGCGCUGGUGCUGCAAGGCUUGCUCCAUCAUUUCCACCAUGGUCAGGUGCGUCUAGACCUCCACAACCUCCUCACCACUGAGUUUGCUGCCGUGACAGUGCUUAUCUCCGUGGGAGCUGUCCUGGGGAGGACCAGCCUCUGCCAGCUCCUCAUCAUGGCCACCUGCGAAGUCCCCGUCUACCUCGCCAGUGAGUGGGCCAUCAUCACAUCUCUGGGUGUCCUGGAUGCGGGAGGUACCAUCACGAUCCACGUCUUCUCCUGCUAUUUCGGCCUCGGUGUGUCCAAGGCUCUGUUCAGGACGGCACAGUGGCCAGUGCAUCCCAAGGAGACCCCAACACCCCACUCUGACCUCCUGUCCUUGGUGGGGACACUUAUCCUCUGGGUUUUCUGGCCCAGCUUCAUAGCUAUCCUCUGCCAACCGGGAGAUGCCCAGCACCGCGCCAUCCUGAACACCCUCCUGGCCAUGAGCGCCAGUGCUGUGACCACUGUGGUGGUCUCCAGCCUGCUGGAGAGGGACGGCAAGCUCAGCCCUGGCCACCUGCAGAACGGCAGCCUGGCCGGCGGGGUGGCCAUCGGCACGGUCGCUGACAUGGCCAUGCCACCGGUAGCUGCUCUUGCCCUGGGCAGCCUCUCGGCUGUGGUGUGCAUCCUUGGCUUCAGGUUCCUCACCCCACUCCUGGUGAGCAAGCUCACACUGCAGGACCAGUGUGGCAUCCACAACCUCCACGGCUUGCCCGGCAUCCUUGGUGCUGCAGCCAGCGCCAUGGCCAUCCUGGUGGCAUCCAACAACACCUCCAGCUCCCACUUCUCCCAGGGGUCGCCCACUGGGGGCAAUGCCAGCGAGGUGGUGGUGGGACAGUGGGAAGACCACGGGGCGGGCAGGCAGGCACUGUACCAGGUGGCAGGGCUGGCAGUGGCUGGUGGGGGCUCGCUGCUCGCCGGGCUGCUCACCGGUGCAGUGCUCCGGCUGCCCUGCCUGCCCCAGCCACCCGAGCAGCUCUGCUUCGAUGACUCACUGUAUUUUAAGAUUCAGGAUCAGAGUGAGAGCCUGGGGCCAGGCGGCACUGCUGAGGAAGUAGCCCUGGCUCUGAAGGAGCACGUUUAGGUGCUGGCAUGUGGUAGCCACAGCAGGAGCCAGGGAACCGGCUCAGGGGUACACUCUUUCUGCCUCCACCGCUGGCACAGAGCAGUGGGCAGGAGAUGCUGCCUGUGCCCGCUCCCUGCCCCAUGCCUGGAUCUGGCUGCCAAGGAUGCUCCAGGGCCAGGGCCGCACCACGGCACCAGUCCCUCCUCGGUCCUCCUACCCUGUGUCUGCAAACCCCCUCCUCUGCCCUGGCUGCUCCCAGGAUCCAUCCAUCCCUGACAGCAACCAGAGAAACAACCUGCUCAGGGUGUCUCCCCUGGGAUGGCUCAACCCCCGGCUAACUUGGACAGCCCUGCCGCAGGGCACCGGCUGCUUCGCAAUCUGUGGAUGGCAUCAUCUGCAGUGCCCGUCCCAACCCUU